UCUUCGUCGGUGACGGUGGGCGGAGGAGGAAGUCCAUUAGCGGAUGGGAGAUGUGUACUCGAGUUGGUUAAUGUAAAACAAAUGAUAACAAUUGCUGAAGUUCAACAAGCUUUACAUUAAUGCACCCUGGACAUAAUUCAAAACAACCAGAAAAAGAAAACUUCCGUUCGCGAGGGUCUUUGUCUGUGAUUCUAGGGUACGGAGUUUGUCUAUGUGGGCCAGAAUCUAUGCAGUGCACCAAUGGCUGACAAUGUGAAUGUUUGUGAGAGCAAUGACCAGGUAGAACGACCACAUGGGGAGCUACGGCAACGCCGAGACCCAGGGACCACCCGGUCCACGGGGGACAACGGCAUCAGAGGGGAGACGGAGCUGAACGGGCGGCCGCCCGCGGCUCCCCGGCCUCCGCCGCCGCAGGUAGUCACCGACAGCGAGGAUGACGAGGACGAGGAGCUGACGCUCAAGUAUGGAGCCAAGCACGUCAUCAUGCUCUUCGUGCCCGUCACGCUCUGCAUGGUGGUCGUCGUGGCCACCAUCAAGUCUGUCAGUUUCUACACGCAAAACGAUGGACAGCAGCUGCUAUACACUCCGUUCCGAGAGGACACCGACACCGUGGGGCAGCGGGCCAUCAACUCCAUCCUCAACGCCUCCAUCAUGAUCACGGUCAUCGUUGUCAUGACGCUGGUGCUGGUGCUGCUCUACAAGUACCGCUGCUACAAGGUGAUCCACGGAUGGCUGUUCAUCUCCUCCCUGCUCCUGCUCUUCUUCUUCUCCUUCAUCUACCUGGGGGAGGUGCUCAAGACGUACAACGUGGCCAUGGACUACAUCACACUGGCCCUGCUCGUCUGGAACUUCGGCGUGGUGGGCAUGAUCUGCAUCCACUGGAAGGGUCCCCUCCUCCUGCAGCAGGCCUAUCUCAUCAUGAUCAGCGCGCUUAUGGCGCUGGUCUUCAUCAAGUAUCUGCCCGAGUGGACAGCCUGGCUCAUCCUAGCGGUCAUCUCUGUCUACGAUCUCCUGGCAGUGCUGUGUCCUAAAGGGCCGCUGCGCAUUCUGGUGGAGACGGCACAGGAGAGGAACGAGGCCAUCUUCCCCGCUCUCAUUUACUCGUCGACCAUGGUAUGGCUGGUGGGCAUGGCCGACAACGUGGAGACCAAGAAUAGUUCCAGAACGCCCGCUCAGCCCGAGAGUCAGGCCGUGCCCAUGACGCCCAGCAGCCCGGGAGAGGACGACGGCGGCUUCACCACCACCUGGGUGGGCACGCAGGAGCAGCAGCUGGGCCCGCUGCAGUCCACCGACGACACGCGGCGCGAGAUCCAGGAGAUGCCUUCGGCGCGGCCGCUCAUGGAUGACGACGAGGAGAGGGGCGUGAAGCUGGGUCUUGGAGACUUCAUCUUUUACAGCAUGCUGGUGGGGAAGGCGUCAGCCGCAGCCAGUGGCGACUGGAACACCACCUUGGCCUGCUUCGUGGCCAUCCUUAUCGGCCUGUGUCUGACGCUGCUCCUGCUGGCCAUCUUUAAGAAGGCGCUGCCCGCCCUGCCCAUCUCCAUCACCUUCGGCCUGGUCUUCUACUUCGCCACAGACAACCUGGUGCGGCCCUUCAUGGACCAGCUGGCCACGCACCAGUUCUAUAUAUGACCGGACCUGAGACUCGGUCUCACCACCACCACCACCACGCUCAUGUACCCACCCAAUGUAAACACACAUCCACACACACACACACACACUAAACACAUCCACACACCACUCCAGGCCUUUUUCUGGCCUCACCAGGGGACUGUUGGGUAAAGAAGACUGCCCUUCCUCCCUGCUGGAUGCGUGACUAAACUGGACCUUUUUUCACCUUGUAACAUUUUUUUUUCUUUUUUUUUUUUAAAUUAAUGUUUUUUUUUUAGACUUGGUUCUUGUUGUGAUUUGCUUCAUCACUAUGAGAUCCUCGUAUAGCACCACCAGAGAGGCACCUCUCUGGCCCGCCAGCGGCCUUUUCAGGGGCAGCAGGAAUGAUGCUCUAAGGCGUUUCCUCUUAAACAACAACAACAACAACAACAACGACAACAACAGCAAUGACUUUUUUUUUUUACCUCUUAGACGAAAAGCUUACCACUUAAAAAGAGCAUUACUGAUUUGUGGUCCUUUAACAUUUUCUUCUGUUAUUGUAAUAACUGGAUAAUUAUUAUGCACCUUUGUUGAAUAUUCAUGUUUUUUUUUUGUUUUGUUUUGAAUUCCAGUUUUUGCUUUUAAUUACCCUUUGGAAUCGGUGCUUGCUUCAAUGCCCAGCACUGGUAAAAGAUGCUAUAGGCUCUGCUGGUUGUUUGCCUGCUCAUACGUAGAGUUCUGCACCAAAGCCCUCUGGGAAUGGCUAUGGUUUUCUUGAAUGGGACUGAUGUUUGCUUGAAUAUGAAUGGAUAUAGAAAGACAACCACAGACAUCAAAUGUGGUGUUUUGGUACUUUUCUAAGCCUUCUCACACUUCCGAACCCUCAACGUCACAUGCUGAUCACAGAUGCAUUGUGGUCCGGAGCGUAGCAGGCACAGCUGCUUUUAGCCAGCGUUGUGCUUUUGAGAAACCCUGUGGAGGAGACCGUAUGGAAUGUACCGUACACAGAGUCCUUCCAAGUGACCAAAAUUAACUGCCCAUAACCGAAAGAACAUGAACCUGCACCAAAGUGUUUUUUUUUUUGUUUUGUUUUUUUUUUUGGUUAGGAUUAUGUAAUGCUUGAUGCUGUGAUUUUUUUUUUUUUUUUUUCUGUUUUGUUUUUUUUGAUUGUUUGUUAUUGUCUCUUAUUUUUGUUUGAAUGUCAUUUUAUUUUUAUUUUUUGUUUUUUUUGCUGGUACAGUUCUAUUCUUGGUGACAGGCUGAUUCUUCUCCUUGUAGACAUGGGCAUCAAGAUGAAUUCAUGUAAUUAUUUUAGGGAUUUUUUGUAAAAAAAAAAAAAUAAUAAAAAUUGAACAAAAAAAAAAAAAACACGAAGAAGAAGAAAAAGCAAACACUGUUUUUUUUGUUUUUUUGUUUUUUUUUAAUUAUCAUUGGUUUGUAUAAUUUUCAGGAGGUUCUGGAAUAAAUGAGAAAUGUGACUGAGCAGUGUUGCUUCACUGUUCUGUCUGAAUCGA